AUGUCUACCAACGGAGUCUUCUCCACACCUAUAGCCAUUGUUGGCUCUGCGUGCAGGUUUCCCGGGGAGUCAAGUACACCAUCAAAGUUGGCUGAUCUCCUAAGAGAGCCUCGAGAUGUGCGUCGAAAGUUUAAUCCCGAAAUUCUCAAUUUGCAACGGUUCUAUGACUCCAACCCCGAUGCCCCGGGCUCGACCAAUGUCAAGAACAAGGGCUACCUACUAGCCGAGGAUACUCGAGUCUUCGAUGCUUCUUUCUUCAACGUUAGCCCAUAUGAGGCCGAGAGCAUGGAUCCUCAGCUACGAGUCAUGCUGGAAGCUGUAUACGAAGCAUUUGAAAGCGCUGGCUACACACUUGACCAGCUGCGAGGGUCAAAGACCUCUGUCCACGUUGGUGUUAUGGCAAGCGACUAUUACGAUAUUCAAACCCGAGAUACCGAGACACUGCCUUUAUAUGCCGGUACCGGUGUGGCUCGCAGUAUCUUAUCAAACCGCAUCUCGUAUGCCUUUGAUCUCCACGGACCAUCGGUCACUCUCGACACCGCCUGCUCCAGCUCCUUAGUGGCGUUGCACCAGGCGGUGCAAGGGCUUCAAGCUGGAGAUGCAACCUGUGCAGUCGUGGGAGGAGUGAACCUCAUCUUCGAUGCUAUGUUGUAUGUCAUGCUGUCCAAACUGCAUAUGCUGUCACCGGACUCUCAGUCACGCAUGUGGGACAAGACAGUAAACGGGUACGCGCGAGGUGAAGGUGCAGCAGUAGUGGUGCUGAAGCCUCUUGACCGGGCACUCCGUGACAAUGACCACAUUGAAGGAAUCAUCCGAGGAACGGGCGUGAACUCCGAUGGACAGAGUCCUGGACUGACCAUGCCUACCGUGGAGGCUCAGGCAGCUCUCAUUCGAGAAACGUAUCGUCGCGCUGGGCUGGAUCCCAUCAAGGAUCGGUGCCAAUAUUUCGAAUGUCAUGGUACCGGAACCCCAGCCGGAGAUCCAGUAGAAUCCCGUGCCAUCUACGAGGCUAUGAUACGGGACAGAGAAUCAGAACCAACAACCCCGCUUUAUGUCGGAUCCAUCAAGACGUUGAUCGGGCACCUGGAAGGAGGUGCAGGCUUGGCGGGGAUUUUGAAAGCUCUGCUCUCUAUCAAGCAUCGAACGAUUUUCCCCAACCUUCUCUUCAACGAAUUGAACCCGAAGAUCAAGCCAUACUAUGACGGAUUCCAGAUACCGACCUCUCCUCUUCCUUGGCCUGAGCUGUUCCCGGGAGAGCCUUUGCGCGUCAGUGUAAAUAGCUUUGGCUUUGGAGGCACCAAUGCCCAUGCCAUUAUAGAGAGCUAUGAACCGCAUGGUAGCAAUGGAACUGUCGCCGCUACCGAAGCCAAAGGGGCUCACUUGAGUCCUUUCGUUGUCUCGGCUCAGUCUGCAUCGUCCCUUCUUGGAAAUUCCCAGGCGUUGCUGAAAUACCUCAAUGAUAACCCAUCCAUCGAUCUGACCGAUCUCAGCUGGGUUCUCCAGAAUAGGCGGACUGCGCAUCGCAUGAGAACAUUUUUCAACUCGCAAACCCGUCAUGGGCUGAUCCAGGAAUUGGAGAAAUUUAUCUCACAGCACCGUAAAUCCACUAGUAAGGACGAUGUUGGUAUUCGCAGUCGACCUAUUGACCCAGAAAACUCGCCGCGCAUUUUGGGAGUGUUCACUGGACAGGGUGCUCAGUGGCCUACCAUGGGCCGCUGUUUACUGGAAAUGUCUCCUUUAUUCCGCCGAGUCCUAGAACAAUGCGACGAGGUACUCAAAGCCCUGCCAGAUGGCCCGGAGUGGUCUCUAGUUGAAGAACUGUCGAAGGAUUCUUCGAGCUCACGCGUGGGCGAAGCAGUUAUCUCGCAGCCUCUCUGCACAGCUAUUCAACUAGCUCUUGCCGAGGUGAUCAAUGCGAUCGGUGUUCGCUUCGAUACGGUCCUAGGGCAUUCUUCAGGUGAGAUUGGUGCAGCUUACGCUUGCGGGAUCAUUAGCGCUGCUGCUGCUAUGCAGAUCGCCUACUAUCGAGGCAUAUACGCUCACCUAGCUCAUGGCUCCAACGGUCAGAGAGGUGGGAUGAUGGCAGUCGGGAUCGAUCAAGAUAAUGCGCAGACCUUUUGCCAACAGCCUGAGUACCAAGGUCGUAUUGGUGUUGCGGCAAGCAAUGCGCCGCAGAGCGUAACGCUUUCUGGUGACCUAGAGGCUGUACAGCAGGCCAAGGAGUAUUUUGAUCAGAAACAAAUCUUCGCACGUUUGCUGAAGGUGGACACCGCCUAUCACUCCCAUCACAUGGAGCACUGCGUUUCCAGCUAUCUCAAGGCUCUCGAAGCUUGCGAUAUACAGGUCCAGCCCCCAAAGGAUGGUUGUUUGUGGGUUUCUAGCGUUGAGGGCAACAUGCAGCUUCUCCAAGGCGACCUGGAGUCACUGAAAGGCCCAUACUGGGCUCAGAAUAUGUUGCAGACAGUUCUUUUCUCCCCUGCAGUGAAGUCCGCAAUUGAGCAUCGUGGUUCCUUUGACCUGGCCAUCGAGAUUGGUCCCCACCCGACGCUUCGAGGACCAACGCAGCAGACUAUGGAGCUUGCAUUAGGUACUGCUUCACCCUAUAUUGGAACACUGAAGCGCAACUCCAGUGAUGUAGAUGCAAUUGGGGAGACGAUUGGCUCUACCUGGUGCCACCUUGGCCCAACUUUCAUUAGUUUCGACGGGUUUCGGCGAGUCUUCGUCUCCAACAACGUCUCUGGAACCGCCAAGUUACUAAAAGGCCUUCCGCCCUAUGCCUGGGACCAUGACCGCAUCUACUGGCAGGAGUCUCGGAUUUCCCGGAACUUCAGGAAAGGCAACGAUACCCGUCACCAGUUGCUUGGACGUCGUGUUCCAGAUGAUAAUGAGCGUGAAAUGCGCUGGCGGAACGUUCUCAGGAUCAGCGAAUUGCCUUGGGCGCAGGGCCAUGUUGUUUCAGGAGAGGUGUUACUGCCUGGGGCAUCGUAUGUUUCAUUGUCAUGCGAGGCAGCUAGAAUCAUCGCAAAAGCGAGACCAAUUCGGCGGAUCGAGGUGGAAGACAUUGAUAUCCGUCGUCCGGUGAUUGUUCCUGAUACCCGCGAAGGUCUUGAAACCACCUUUACAGUGCGAUUGGAGGAUUCUAAAGAUUCGAUUCACAUCACCGGGGAGUUUUCUUACUACUAUUCCGACACACGUCUUGGGUCCAUGAUCCAUGCCUGUAGCGGCAGGAUAAUCAUACAUAUUGGUGAGGCAAGCGAGCAGGACGAUGCAGCUUACGACGUGUUCGCCGAGAAUGGGUUGAUAUACUCUGGUGCUUUCCGCCGUCUUCAGGAUGUUCAGCGCAAACUUGACUAUUCUGUUGCGACGGCUGAGUGGUCUGCUGACGAGUUAGUGGGAGACUACGUUCUACAUCCAGCAUUGUUGGAUGUUUGCUGGCAGAAUCUAUUCCAUGCUCGCGCAGACCCAAGAGCGGGAAAGAUUCCUACUGCCAUUCUCCCGGUGCGCAUCAAGCGGGUAACGGUGAACCCACAUGUGGGACUGGCUGAGGCGGAAAAUUUCAAACUAAGAACAGAAUCGUUCGUUACUGGCCGCAACGGCGCGGCCGUUGCUGGCGAUGUGCACAUCUACAACUUUUCUUCUGGUCUCGCAGCGGUACAGAUGGAGUCGCUGUCCCUCGAGCCUGUUGCGCCACCGACGGAAGAGCAAGAUCGUCGAAUGUUUUUUGACAUAGUGUACAAGCCAGACCCUUCAUUAAGUCUGAUCGAGCCGAUACUCGAUCCGAAACGAGGUCAAAGAGUCAAGGAGCUUUCUGCAGAUAUUGAGAGAGCAGUUCUGUUCUACGUUCAGCGUGUGCUGGAAGGGUUGCCUCCAAGUGAAAGAUCGAGCUUGACGUGGUAUCAUCAGCGGCUGGUUGAGUCCUUUGAGAGCUCCCUACAGCUAAUUCAGGAAGGACAUCACCCAGUCGCAGAGAAAUCUUGGAUUGCCGAUCAGCCCGAAGUUCUAGACAUGAUCCUCUCGAAAUGGUCAGGAACGGUUGAUCUGGAGAGUGUUCGGCUUGUUGGAGAAAACAUGCUCGACUUCCUGAAGAGAAGGACGUCAUUUUUAGAAGUAAUUAUGAAGGACGACCUAGCUACCCGGCUAUACAGCGAGGGCUGCGGUCUCGCCGAGGUCAAUCAAGGCAUGUCUGGCAUUCUCCAACAGAUUUCCCACAAAUUUCCGCAGGCAAAAUAUGUGGAAAUUGGAGCCGGUACUGGAUCUACAACUGACUGCAUUCUGCGAACUAUUGGUAGCGCAUUUUACUCAUACACUUUCACGGACAUCUCCCCGGGGUUUUUCGGUGACGCAGCCGAUAGGUUUAGCGACUUCCGCAGCAAGAUAAUGUUUAAGACUCUCGACGUGGAGAAGGAUGUUGGUCCUCAAGGUUUCCAGAAGCAUGCUUACGACGUCGUCGUUGCUUCUAACGUACUUCACGCAACGGCCCACAUCGCAGAGACUUUGAAAAAUGCACGCUCUCUAUUGAAGCCAGGUGGCUUCUUGCUUCUUGUCGAAAUUACAGGUACUGAGAUCAUGCGAACUACGUUCUGCGUGGGAGGCCUGCCUGGAUGGUGGCUGGGUGCAGGCGAAGGACGAAGAUUGCAUCCUGGAAUGACCACUGAGGAAUGGCACAAUACACUUCAGGAAACAGGCUUCUCGGGCGUCGACUUGGUAUUCCAUGAUAUGCCCGACCCAAGACAGCACUGCAUGUCUUUCAUGGCCACCCAAGCGGUCAACCAUACAGUUCAGCAACUGCGAGAGCCCUUGGAAUAUCUUGCCGACGUACCCGAAAUAAAGUCUCUCCUCGUGGUCGGUGGAAAGACGCUGCCUGUGUCCAAGACAGUGACUGCCAUCCAACGACUGGUGGGCCGGGCAUGGAGUAGUCGCAUCACAAUUGCAAGUGAUAUCGAAGCAAUUGACUUCUCCCGCGUCGGAACACAGGCGGACGUCUUGUGCCUGCAGGAGUUGGACACUACUUUGUUCUCAGAAACAAUCCCUUUCAGGAGACUGAAAGCCCUUCAAACAAUGAUCGUGGCAGCCCGCAAUGUGCUUUGGUUGACCACCAAGAGAAGAACCGAUAACCCCCAGGCUAACAUGAUGGUGGGCAUGGCAAGAGCCAUAAGCAAGGAGCUGCCCCACGUUAAUAUACAGUUUCUGGAUUUGGAUUCAAUCGCCAGUCCAUCGCUAGCAGCUCGAAAUAUAUUGGAGACUUUCAUCCGAUUGAAGACACUUUCGGUUCACGACCACGAUGAAACCCCCCUUAUGUGGCCACAAGAGCCAGAGCUUGUCCUGGAGGGGUCCGACACGCUCAUUCCACGUGUGAGGCCCGACCAGCAGCUCAAUGAUCGUUACAAUGCUAGAUUCCGAAAUAUGAACAAGCUCGCGAGUCCUGACACUUCCAUUGCCCUUAUUCGUCAGCGAGAUAAGCUGGCUUUGGUUGAAUCGGCACUGGGAUCGUUUGACGGUGUAGAGCGCGUGCGUGUCAGAGUUCAAUAUUCCCUCUCUUUCCCCGGUCAGAAAGGAGAGGAGCUCUAUCUUAGUGUGGGCCAGUUGUUUCACUCUAAUAAGCAUAUCGUGGCUGUUUCGGAGAGGAACACAUCCAUCAUCAGGGUUCUCCCAGAGGAUAUUGCCUUUAUUGAUGAUAAGCAUUGCAACGGGGCCGUUCUUGAGGGAAUAGCCGAUCAAAUCGCGGUGGCCGGACUUCUAAGCUCCGUUCAAGAGGGCGGCUCGGCUCUUAUAUACAAUCCCAGAGCAAACCUAGCCGCGUUCUUCGCUGCUGAAGCGCGUCGGUGUGGACUGGAGUCGUUUUGUGCGUCCUCUCAUACUACGGUCCCUCAAGGCUGGGUAUAUAUCCACCCACAAAGUUCUGUCCGUGCUGUCCAGCGUCUGCUACCACAGAAUGUUACCGUGUACCUUGACUGUUCAACCUCUUCAAACUUGACAAUAAAAACUGUUCAAUCCGCACUACCAUCGGGCUGCAAGAUGUACAGAUGGGACAACAGCUUGUUCCGGCGCGGGUUGGGCUCCAGUCCUAGUAUCCAGAUGUCUCUCGGAGCUGCGUACGCGGGGCUACUAGACCAUCUGACCAACUCUGUUGGCAGCAACGCGCUACACUGUGAGAUUGAUGUGUUGAAUAUCGCAGAAAUUGCCAGACUUAACGCGUCGAUCCUUGACCGCGCUCACAUUACCUGCUGGGAGACAACUCGGCCACCAACCUUGCUCAUCCAACCGCCUGACACGUCGAUCCUGUUCGACAGCGCGAAGACUUAUCUAAUGAUUGGUAUGGCAGGUGGCCUUGGCCUUUCCGUCUGUGGAUGGGCUCUGCAGCACGGUGCCAAGCGGCUUGUUAUUACUAGCCGUAAGCCGAACAUGGACCCGCAAUGGCUAGCAGACGCUCGAAAGCUAGGGGCCGAGAUUCAAGUGCGGUCUGUAGAUGCAGCUGACCGAGCAUCGCUGGAGUCCACUAUCUCCGCUAUUCGAGAGACCUUACCUCCCCUGGGUGGCGUCUGCAACGCAGCCAUGGUCUUGUCAGAUAAGCUGUUUGUGGAUAUGGAUGUUGACGCCGUGGUAGACACGUUCAGACCCAAGGUUAACGUCUCCAAGUAUCUAAAUGAGAUAUUAGCAGAUACCCCUUUGGACUUCUUCAUCAUGUUCUCCUCUGCCCUUUCCAUCACCGGUGGGCAAGGAUCGGCAAACUAUCACGCAGCUAACCUGUUCAUGACCGCAUUAGCUGCACAGCGCAGGCAGAGCGGACGUCCAGCCUCAGUGAUGCAUAUCGGAUACGUCACUGACGUCGGGUACUUCACCCGUGUCGACAAGAGCUCCAGGGAAUAUAUUGGACGGAUGCAUUUCGCGCCUCUUUCAGAGACUGAUAUCCACCACGCCUUUGCAGAAGCCGUUCUUGCAGGCAAGCCUAAUAGUGAGCGUUCAUGCGAGGUUGGGGUGGGUGUUGAGCCACUUGAAGAAGGACAGGAACCUGCAUGGUCAUCUGAUCCUCUCUUCUCCCACUACCUGCCGACAGCCCAUGUUCAUGAUAAGAAGGACGGUGCCCAAUAUGGCCGUGAUGAUAUCAAGAAGCAGAUUCAGGAAGCCGAGACGGAAGAUGAAGUCAUCGCGGUCGUGCAGGAAGCCCUGUGUGCCAAGAUCGAGACAACGUUGCAACUGCCCACAGGAGGUGUCGAUGCCGAUGCGCUGCUCACUGAGUUGGGAAUUGAUUCCCUCGUGGCUGUGGAGAUUCGAGGAUGGUUUUCGAAAAAGAUAGGCAUCGAUGUCCCAGUCGUGAAGAUCCUGGGAAGGAGUUCAGUAGCCCAAAUCUGUACGGACGCGUCUAAGGAGAUCAUGGCAACAAGAGUGGGGAUAAUCCCAAAGAACGGCGAUGCUGAGCCGGAAAUUUCCAGUGAAUCUCAUGCCCUCUCUGACAUUGGUGCUUCAGACGUUUCUCAGUCAGGAAAGGCUACUCCACCUAGCACCGAUGAUGAACAGGCAGCUCCGGGCCCUGAAGAUGUCGAUGUCACGCAGGAAAAAGACGAGCAUAGAAAAAUCAACUUUGAACCCGCUACAAAAUCUGCUGCAAAUAUUGAUCAGGACAUCAUUCACACGGAACGAAUGUCUGCGGCCCAGUCGCGAAUCUAUGUGCUGUCCAGUCUCAUGAAUGACCCAACUGCCUACAGUUUGAUGAUUCGAUACGAUAUCGAAGACACGCUUAAUAUUGAGCGGCUGCGCAAUGCUCUGACAACCACGAUGCAGCACCACGAGUCCCUUCGAACCUGUUAUUUCGCUCGCCGGGAAGACAAUCAACCCACCCAAGGUGUUCUGUCUUUCCCAGUCCGCCGUUUUAAGUAUGUCCCGAAUGCCAAAGAAGAGGAUAUCGCCGCUGAACUGGAGGCUGCGAGAACAAAGGUGUGGGAUAUCGAAAACGGAGAGACGCUGAGCCUGACCGUUUUAUCCCGAGAUUCUCAGAGACACACAUUGGUCUUGGGUUAUCACCACAUCAUUCUGGACGCGUCUGGCAUGCGACGUUUUAUUGCAGAUCUCAACUGUGCCUACAACGGGCAACCACUAAAGAUGACCGGCGGGACUUGCGUCGAGUUCGCUCGCAGAGAGCAGGAGAGUCGGGAAUCAGGCGCUUUGGAGAGUCACUUGCAGUACUGGCGGAGCGAAUACUCCCCUCUCCACGAUGUGCUCCCACUGCUGCCGAUGUCGAAGACCACAGUCCGUCCAGAUACGCAGCGCGUAGUCAGCGUCCACGCGUCGCGCGUGAUAGACGGGGAUACCGUUGCAGUGGUCAAACAAGCAUGUCAGGCACUUGGCAUCACUCCUUUCCAGUUCUAUCUGACCGUUGUUCAAAUUAUGCUGGCGCAAUCCCUCGAAAUAGACGAUUUGUGCAUUGGCGUGGCUGACGCAAACCGCCCGGAUGCCGAGUUCAUGGACACUGUUGGGUUUUUCCUGAAUCUGCUGCCGGUCCGCUUUCAAAUUCCUGCUGGCAUCACGUUUGCUCAGGCUGCUCAAAGCACAGCUCAAAAGAUGGGCUCCGCCUUCGAGAAGUCUGUGCCGUUCGACAUAUUGCUAGACGAGCUGAACAUUGCUCGUUCAUCAUCCCAUACACCGUUGUUCCAGGUCCUGGUCAACUAUAGAUUGGCAAUGACAAAGAGCAUUCCCUUCGGCAAUAGCUCUCUGACCAUAACCGAUGGGGAAGAGGGUCGGAACCCCUACGAUGUCACUUUCAGCUUCCUGGAGUCUCAGUCUGAAGGCCUCGGGGUUACAAUGGAUUGCUUGGAAUCUCUCUACGACUCCGAGGGCACUGAGAGGCUCAUUGACAUGUACAUGAGUCUUCUGAAAGGGCUGGCACGCAACGUGAAUAUCAAGGUCAACGAGUGUCAGAUCUACAAUGAAGAAGCAGUCUCCGAGGCUGUGAAAAUUGGCCAAGGCAAACAAGCUAACACAAAUUGGCCUGCAACGGUUUCGGAAAAAUUCCAAGCAGUUUGCCAUGACUGCAUGGACAGAGUUGCUGUCCAAGAUGAAUCGUCUGGUCUGACAUAUCAGCAGCUAGAGGCGCGCGUGAACUCAAUCGCAGCAGCAAUUCAAGAUACGGGUCACGGUACCGGCACUCGCAUCGCGGUUCUAUGUGAACCGUCAAAUGAUCUCAUAGCAUCGCUUCUUGCUAUCCUUCACAUUGGUGCCAUCUAUGUUCCGUUAGAUGUCAGUCUUCCUGCUUCUCGUCACGCGGAAAUCAUUUCCAGUUGCCAUCCGGGCUUGGUAAUCUGUGAUGCAGGUACAAUCGAAUCAGCUGAGCAACUCGCGCAUGAAUGUCCAGCAAUCCUGCCUAUCCUCCUCAGAAUUGACAAGGUCGAAGAUCUCCAUGAAUCAGUUCCCUGCUUAGCCCAGCCUAGCUCUCCCGCCUUUAUUCUCUACACGAGCGGAACAACGGGCAAGCCGAAGGGAGUCGUGUUGUGCCAGGGAAACGUCGUUAAUUGGCUUGCGCAUGCGAUCAAGGCAUAUAAUCUCGAUACGGCCCCUGCUUCUGUUCUCCAACAGAGCUCCUUCGGCUUUGACAUGUCUCUAAUCCAGAUAUUCUGUGCUUUGUCCUCCGGUGGUACUCUGAUUAUCGUGCCACCAGAACUGCGACGGGACCCUUCCCAGAUCGCACGACUGAUUCAUCAGCACGAUAUUGGGUGCACAUUUGCUGUACCCUCCGAGUAUCUCUUGUGGCUUCGCUAUGGUAGAGAAUCUCUCAGGCAGUGUACGAGAUGGCGCUUGGCAUGGAUGGGUGGAGAAACAUUUCCUCAUCAACUCAAACGUGAGCUCCGACGAUUGGAACUCCCGGCUUUAUCAGUAAGCGACAAUUAUGGCCCAACGGAGGUUACUUUCACGGCAACUGCCAAACCUGUGUCCCUUGAUGCCGAGGACAAUACCAACUCCGGAAGCCCGAUCGGCAAAGUUCACCCCAAUUAUUCGAUCUGCAUUCUAGAUGCGAGCCAGCGUCCGGUCCCUAUUGGUUUCCGUGGGGAAAUCUGCAUUGGGGGUGCCGGUGUCGCUUUAGGCUACUGGGAAAUGUCUGCUGAGACUGAUGGCAAAUUCAUUCCAGAUCCUACCACGGUCUCCCGUAACGAAUUAUCAACUGCUGGUCGAUGGUAUCGAACGGGUGACCAGGGAUGUUUGGCGUCUGACGGCACCGUAAUAUUCCUUGGGCGGCUCGGAGGUGACACGCAGGUGAAGCUGCGAGGCCAACGCAUCGAACUCGCGGAAGUUGAGGGCGCUCUUUUGAAAUCAGGGGUUUAUCUGCUAUCUACAGCAGUAGUGACUGUCCGAGAUGGAGACCUCAUCGCCCACGUUAUCCAGAAUCCUGGAAAGCACAUCGACCGCGAUACUAUCAAGAGGAAACUUCUUACGGGUCUCCGUCUUCCACAGUAUAUGCAUCCAGCGCGAGUCAUUGUUGUCGAUGACCUCCCCAGAGCGAGCACUGGAAAGAUUGAUCGCCAGGCCGUUAUGAAACUACCACUUCCUGGCAGCGAUUUCAGUGCUGACGAAUCUACUUCUGAGCUGAGUCUUCGCGAAGUGGAACUGAAACUGCUCUGGAGCCGUGUCUUACCGGAUCCAUAUCAAGUGCUGACUGCCGAAUCUGAUUUCUUCCUCGAGGGAGGCAAUUCACUGCGGUUAACAAAGUUGCAAAACGAGAUCAAAGAGACAUUAGGAGUUCUGGUGUCUACACGUGAACUCUACUCUGCUCCCACGCUUCGACAGAUGGCGGCUCGAAUUGGAUCCGAAUCCACCAAUGAUGAAGACAUAGACUGGAACGUGGAGACAGCUAUCCCAGACAGUCUUAUUGCUGCUUCGGGGGAAAUAUCCAGAGGCAUAAGAAAGCCGGCAAAUAGGAACCUGAAAGUACUGCUGUCUGGUGCCGCGGGCGUCUUGGGUAAUUCUGUUCUCGACGCGCUUCUUCAAGAUCCUGCUGUCGACAAAGUUCACUGCAUCGCAAUCUCCCCUGAUGACGAGGAAAGGAUACCGACCUCUGAGAAAGUCAUAAGCUACCCGGGUAGCCUUUCAUCCCCAAACCUUGGCCUAAGUCCAUCUGAGUGCACGACUCUGCGGUCGGAUAUGGAUGUCGUUAUUCACGCCGGAGCUAACGGACAUUGUCUGAACAGCUACACAUCCAUACGACGAGCAAACGUGGAAUCCACCCAUUUCCUGGCAUCCCUCUGCAUGCAGCGUUCCAUCCCCCUGCUUUAUGUUUCUUCCCAACGUGUCCCUGCUCUAGCGGGUAUGAAAGUCCUCCCACCAGUCCCAGUACUCGCAGAGCCUGCCAAAACUGGAGACACGGGCUAUAUGGCGUCGAGAUGGGUCAGCGAAAGAUUCCUGCACAGAUUUUCUGGACACAACCACUUCAAGGUUGAGAUUCACCGCCCUUGUUUGUUCUUUGGGGAUCACGCCCCGCCCUCGGACGCCUUGAACGGUGUACUGCGCUACACACGCCUCAUGCGGUGCAUCCCGCGCUUUGCACGCGUUGAAGGAUAUGUUGACGUCAAGAAUGUCGAUGACAUUGCUCGAGACAUUGUCUCGUCGGCAAUCUCUUUGGCAGGGCAGACUAACACGGGUAUCCGCUACCGCCAUCACUCAAGUGGCCGUAAAGUAACACUAGAUGAAUGGCCUGAAUACAUGGAAGAGUUGUGUGGAGAGCCAUUUGAAGUGCUUGAGCUGCCCGACUGGAUUGCCCGAGCAAGGAAAGCAGGGAUUCACCCGCUGAUAGCAACGUAUUUGGAGGGUGUAAUUGAAAAAGAGGAGCUCGCUCUCUUCCCGUAUCUAGGGGAGUCUAUGUAG